GGGCGAGUCCGCGGGGAGGAGGCCGCCAUGAGGGUCGCCGCCCUCGUCAGCGGUGGGAAGGACAGCUGCUACAAUAUGAUGCAGUGUGUGGUGGCCGGCCACCGGAUCGUGGCCUUGGCCAACCUGAGACCGGCGGAAAGCCCAGGCGGCGCGGACGAGCUGGACAGCUACAUGUACCAGACGGUGGGCCACCAGGCCGUCGACCUGUACGCGGAAGCGCUGGGCCUCCCCCUCUACCGCCAGACCAUCCUGGGGGGCAGCCUCAGCACCGGCCGCGUCUACCACGAGUGCCGCGGCGACGAAGUCGAGGACCUGUACCGGCUCCUGAAGCGCGUUCGGGAGGAGGAAGACAUCGAGGGCGUGGCGGUCGGGGCCAUCCUGUCUGACUACCAGCGCGUCCGAGUGGAGAAUGUCUGCAUGAGGCUCGGGCUUCAGCCCCUCGCUUACCUGUGGCGGCGAAACCAGCAAGAUUUGCUUAGAGAAAUGAUCUCGUCGGGCAUCCACGCCGUGGUCAUCAAGGUGGCGGCUCUGGGGUUAGACCCAGCCAAGCAUCUCGGAAAAUCGCUGGAACAACUGGAGCCGCAUCUCUUGGAGCUGGAGGAGCAGUACGGAGUCCACCCCUGCGGGGAGGGCGGAGAAUAUGAGACCUUCACACUGGACUGCCCCCUCUUCAAAAAGAAAGUGGUCGUGGAUUCGUCGGAAGUGGUCGUACACUCGGCGGACGCCUUUGCCCCCGUGGCAUACUUGCGCCUCUCGGGCCUGCACCUGGAGGACAAGCCGGUGGAGCGUCCAGACAAGCUUCUCAUGGGUAGCUGUUCCUGCGAUGCGGACCGUGGUCAGGAUGGGGCCCGGUCUGUGGCCGAGGACGAGGAGCCUGGAAGAGGAGGGGUGGAAGAGGACAAGGAGCUGGAAGGAGAAGGAGCGGACGAGGAGCCGGGAGCCGGCCCUCCUCCUCCGACCUGGUGGCCCCCGGGCCCACCUCCGGACGAAAGCCACCAGCCCAGUGAUCCUAGAGUAAAAGUUUUUAAGGGGACUCCCAUGUCCAGAGGAGGCUGUGGGGCAACAGGCUCAGAUCACUGCAGGACUUCUCUCCCUCGGGUCAUUUGGCGGAGCUCCGUGUCGGGGAACCUGGCCCGCAGCCCCGGAUACAGCUCCGGACGCCACCACCCAGAUCUCCCAUCGCAGUUCCUGCUGCCUCCGUCCAGCCGCAGCCUGGGGUGCCACCGUUUGUCUCUGCCUCUCUCAGUCCCGACGGCCGAGUGCUCAGGAAAGUCCCCCGGCGGAUUCCAGUGGAUCAGGGGCCUCCCAGCCCGCUUCCAACCGGCAGAAGGAGACAGCGUCCAGGAAGCCGCCCGCCGGGCCUUCUGCGCCUUCCAAGAUGCUCUCCAGGCCGAGGGGCUGGACCGCCAGGAUGUCCUAUUGGUGUAUCUGUAUGUGAGGGAUCUGGAUCACUUUUCUGCUAUCAACUCAGCCUACGCUGCCGUGUUCGACGUGUGUCCGCCCGCCAGGGUCUGCGUGGAAGCCCCACUGGCGUCCGGGGUGCUGCUGCAGAUGGACUGCCUGGCCCAGAGGAGCGGCCCGGGCCCGGCCCCGACCCGGGAGGUCCUGCAGGUACAGAGCGUCUCGCACUGGGCACCCGCCAGCAUCGGCCCCUACAGCCAGUGCGUCCGGGUGGGAGAGCUGCUGUGCUGCUCUGGGCAGAUCGCACUCCGGCCCUGCACCAUGCAGCUGGUGAGCGGCGGUGCUGGAGCCGAGGCCCGUGUUGCCCUGGGCCAUGUCCAGAGAAUCCUGGCUGCCUCGCGUCCGGGGCUCCGGCUCCGCCACGCGCUGUUGGCCCACUGCUACGUCACCCGCCGCGGCUCCGUCCCGGCUGCCCUGGCCGCCUGGCACGCCGGCACCGAGGAGCACGACCAGGAGGAAGAGUGGAGCGCACCCGGGGCCCCGGGGGAGGUGAGAGCAUCCCCGCCGACGUCGGUGGUGGUGAUGGUGGUGCCCCGCCUGCCCCGGGAGGCUGCAGUGGAGUGGCACGUGGUGGCCGUCGCUGACGAGCCCGAACGACGGAGGCACCGCAGGUGGCGGCGGGCGUCCCAGGGCUGGCGCGUCGAGUGCCAGGCGACGGAGGCUGGCGAAGCAUCCUGCAUCCAUGCCACCUUGUCCCCGUGCCAGCCGCCCCCGCCGGGCUCCCGGACGGACCCGGCCGAGGCCCCGGACCUGCUGGGCGCGGCGGUCCUUCAGGCUGUGGGCUGGUGCUCGGAGGCCGGCGGGGCCGUGCCGCUGGCCGUGAGGGCCUUCUACAGGCAGGGCAGCGGGGACCCGGGGGCUCUGUUCGCAGGGCUGCGGCGGUCGCCGGGAGAGUGGCCGGGCGGGAAGGCUCCGGCGCUGGUCCCGGUCCCGGUGAGCGACAUCCCCGACGGCGCGGCCGCCCACGUGACUUGCUGGCUCGGACGGUAGCUCGGGGCGAUCACCCUUCCCCCCGUCCCCCACGGACAAGACAAGAGGGGGACGUGGGGAGCAGAGCCGGGCCCCUCCCGUGGUCAUCCCUGGCCUGGCCGUGGCAGGCGGCGCCGGGCCCCAGGAACGAGUGCCGGACGCCGGACGGGGACACCGGGGCUGAGUGGGCAUCGGCUCAGGACAUGGGAGCGGAGUGACAUUUUACCCACCGCACCCUGGGGCCCGGG